AUGGAUAUUGAUGGAUUGAGUAGUUUCGUAGACUGGUACGAAACACUCAGUUAUGAGCCUUUACUUGAUCGUAGAAAGCGAUCAAUUGAUGGCUCGUAUGCACCUGUGAAUCUGCUUUUCACUUCCCAUAAUAGGUCAUUCCAUUUGAUACUUCAUUCACUGGACGAUGAUACUAAUGUGUUUAGUGAUAAUUUUAUUUUUGAUGUUGAUGGGAAGGAUGAACAUGUACCAAUGAAAGAUUUUUUGGUCCAUGGUUAUGAUAAAAAUGAUCCAGAAUCUACUUUAUAUGGCUCUUUUCGAGAUGGAAUAUUUGAUGGACAUGUAAUUUAUAGCGAUGGAGAAUCUUUUACAAUAGACAAAGUGGAUAGAUAUUUACACUGGAAAUAUAGACCAAAACAUUUUCAUUCUAUUAUUUAUUCAGAUAGUUCAAUCAAUUUUUGGAAACUGAGAAAGAAACGAUCAGUGGUAGAAGUGGAUCAUAGUUGUGGGCUCAGAGAUUCAAUGCAGCAAAACAUGGAAAUGUUCCAAAAUAGUGUCAUUUAUGAGGAUGAAAAAAAUGAGCAAUCUUUUCGAGGCGAUGCAUUUGAUCAACGAUACAUAUUUGAAUCACGACUUAAACGAGCUGCUGAAAAAACAAAAACGAUCCGCGGGAAACAAAUUUAUGCAGUCAGGGCCUGUUACGUUUACCUCCAAGCUGAUCAAAAGCUUUAUCAGCAUGUUUAUCAGAAAGAAGGAAAUAUGGAUGACGUCAGGACCAGAGAAGAAAUCGCAAGUCUUUUCUACAAUCACAUUAAAGCAGUGAAUCAGAUCUAUGAAAGUACAAGUUUCGGAGGUAUUAACGGCAUUACGUUCGUUAUACAACGUAUCUCGCUUUACACUCCCAGCACUUGCGUAGAUGGUAAACCUAGGGAAAAGUCUCAAGAAAAUCCGUUUUGCGAAGAAAAUGUUGAUGUAUCAAAUUAUUUGAAUCUCAAUUCACGGAAGAAUCACUCUGAUUUUUGUUUAGCUUAUGCAUUCACAUUUCGCGAUUUUGUAGGUGGUACUCUAGGUCUUGCGUGGGUGGCCAGUCCUAAUCACAAUACGGCUGGUGGUAUCUGUCAGCAGUAUACAAAAUAUAGCGAAGCAUCGAAUUUUGUUUAUCGAUCUUUAAAUACGGGUAUAAUAACACUGGUGAAUUAUGGUAACCGUGUUCCUAAUCGAGUGUCACAGCUUACUUUGGCGCAUGAAAUUGGCCACAAUUUUGGAUCGCCUCAUGAUUAUCCCCUAGAGUGCCAGCCGGGCUUACCAGAUGGAAAUUAUAUUAUGUUUGCUUCGGCAACUUCAGGUGAUAAAAAAAACAAUGCUCAAUUUUCUAAUUGUUCAAUAUCAAACAUUACUUUGGUGCUUACUGAGGUGUUGCAACAGCGGCCUGCUGAUAGUGAAGUUUCAGCAAGGAUCGGGGGUUUUGGUAGUAGUAUAGGAGCCGGAAAACGAAAUUGCUUUAGGGAAGCAAAAUCUGCUUUUUGUGGAAAUCAAGUGAAAGAACCUGGAGAAGAAUGCGAUUGUGGUUACAGUGCUGAAGAUUGUCAGACGAUGAAAGACAACUGUUGUUAUCCUCGUCAAGCAGGAUUGGGAUCUGGAUGUAAACGCAAACCAUCCACACAGUGCAGCCCAUCUGAAGGGCCAUGUUGCGAUGCUUCUAGCUGUUCACCCUAUGCUUCUAGAAAAAAUCUGAAAGUCGAUAUGCAAGAUGGUAUAGGCUUAUGCAGUGAUAAUCAUUCUCAUAGAACAUGUCGCGCGGAAUCGGAAUGUUUGAAACAACAACAGUGUAAUAGCGAAAGCCCAGAGUGCCCACCAUCUGAUCCUAAGCAGAAUGGAUUACCCUGUCAGGAUUCAACAAAAGUGUGUAACGACGGUAAUUGUAAUGGAUCAAUCUGUGCGCAGGUAGGACUAAAAGACUGCUUCUUGACAGUGGGAUCACCGGAACACUUGUGUCAUCUAGCUUGUGAGGAAAAAAAUGGAACUUGCUUGUCUAGUCUUGUGCUACCUCAGUUUGCUGUCGGCAAAUAUAAGCAGACUGGUCGCGAAGAUAAACCUGGGUUGAUUCUGCUUCCGGGAUCUCCGUGCAACAAUUAUAAAGGUUAUUGCGAUAUUUUCCGUAAAUGUAGAAGAGUCGAUGCAGAUGGGCCUUUAGCACGCUUAAAGAAUGUCAUUUUCAACCCUAAAACUUUACAUGAAGUUAAAUUUUGGAUUCAAGGUAACUGGUGGGUAGUUGUAGCUGGAGGUCUGGGUUUAUUGCUUUUUAUGACUCUUUUCAUUAAAAUUUGUGCUGUUCAUACUCCAAGCACCAAUCCAAACAAAGCUCCUGCUUUAAACAUUUACGAUACUCUCCGACGUCCAAAGAAUCUGAUUCAAAGGAAGCGAGGUCCUGGAGCACAGAUCAAUGCAUCUGCUGGAGCGCGAAAUAGUGCGGGGCAUUCAAGAAUUGAAGAAACAGGAAAUUCUCGUUCAGCGUUCAGACCAGUAGCUUCAGCUCCUCCUCUUCCUCCACCACCAACAAAUGUACUGGUAAUCAAACCACCACCACCCUAUUCAGUUGUUGUCCCGGGAUCUUCGGUUGCGUUAAGCGGUCCCAAACGUGGGCAUCGAAAAAAUCGAAGAAGAAAUGAUGCUGAAGUAAGAGCGAAAAAUCGCAGAAAUUAA